AUGAUCGACUUUUCAUCUGAUAAUUGGUUUACAUUAGCUACUAAUCAGAUGCGUAUGGUAGCUAUUGGAAAAUCAAUUUUAUGUUUAUUCAAUCAAAAUUUGAAUAUUAUUCGUCAAAAAUCAUUUCAACAACAAGGAAUAAAAGAUAUUUGUUGGUCGGAAACUCUUGACAGAUUUAUUUUUAUUUCUGCAAAAGAAAUUUUUACUCUUGACGAAGAAACAAUGGUUCUUAAUCCAUAUAAUAUAUAUUUUAAUACUGAUAGUGCUUGGGAACGUGUUACAUGUUCUGAAUCAACUUUAUUUUUAUCAACAUUUGGACAAAAUCCAUUUAUUGCUGAAUUUAAUUUUUAUCCAUCUAUUCAUUUUCAGAGACGAUAUCAAUCCGAAAUAAUAUCUCAUGAAAAUGAAAUGAUUAAUGAUAUUAAAUAUAGUGAUAACAAUCUUGGAAUAAUUAUCGAAAAUGGAUUAACCAAUCAAAGUCAUUUGGAAGUUCGUUCAAUGAAAUCUUUCGAAUGUAUUUGGAUGAUUGUACUUGGACAAGGAUGGGGAUAUAGAUGUUCUUUAUUUAAUCAUCGAUAUUGGAUAGCAGUUGAUAGAUAUAACCAUCGAUGUAUUUAUAUACUUAAUGAUGGAACACUUAUUAAAACCGAAAAUUAUUCUUCAAAACCUUUCAAUGUUGUUUCUUGGGGCAAACAUCAACUUGUCAUACGAACUAUGCAAACUCUCAAUAUCCAUGAAUGUGAAUAA